UAAGGAUAACACUGACAUCAGGACCAGAUAUAGUUAUACACAAUCAACAACACUUACUACCAACAGUAAUAGAUGGAUACAGUAUGUCGAGUAACUGCGAACGUUUGGUAUUGGGAAAUAGUGUUUGCUCCCAAAAUGGCGACGACCUUGGUGAAGCUAGCCAGCAAGCUUGCAAUUGGUGCUGGUGCUGUGUAUGUGACCAUUGACCAGGGUGUGUGGAGCAACAGCAGCAAUGGCAGUCAGGCCCUGGAGAAGGUGAAGGGAUCUGUCCUGCCUGCUGCCAGUGACUACGCUAAACAGAUUCCGUCUUUAGAUGAUGUCAACAACACAGUGUUAAGUGGCUGGAACUCAGGGGUGAAGACUGUGUUCUACUAUGUGUCAUCAGCCCCAGACACAGCCGGGGAGUACAGCAAGAAGGCCGUGUCAUCAUCUGUCAACUUUGUACGUGGAAACUGAUGUGCACUUGUUAUUUUUGUGUGGCAGAUAGCUGAAUGACUGUGAAUAGAUGCAUGUUUUACAAAGGACAGUUCGAACAGUGUACAUAGCACAGCAUGUAAUCCUUCAAAGAAUACUAAAAAUGAUGAAAAAUCCUUCAAUCCCGGCUGUUCGGUUUGAGCUGUUUACCUGAACUGUUGAAUGAAGUCUUGGACAGAAUACACAUCAUCAUAUCCUGAGGUAUAAAAUCCUGUAUAUUUAUGACAACUGUGAUCUGGGGAAGAGUUUGUUGGUUUUCAUUAAAUAUUCACGAAACCAUCUAAA